AAUCCGCUGAUUAAGAUGGACGCAGGCGAAAGCAGACGACAGGCCACCACCACGAAAGCAGACGAAAAGAUGGACGCAACCAGCCAGCCCGUCGCACGGACUGGACCUAGUACCGACGGAAUGCCCCAGCCACAGGCACUGUCUCGAGGGAGACAACGGCGGAAUCGGCGAGCGCGACUGGCGACCGCCAGGCAACAGGCAAGGGGGGACGAUGACGCAACGGACGUCGCCACCAGGCAGACCAAAAUGCUAUACCAGGGGUACAUACCAGACAGGGUGAAAAAUGCGGAGAAGCGACUGGAGCAGAACGUCUACGACAUCGAGGCGUGGAGUAUUCUGCUUCGCGAUGCCCAGAACAAAAAGAUGGAGGACGCCCGACCCCUGUACGAGAAGAUUGUCACCCAGUUUCCCAACGCAGGCCGCUACUGGAAGAUAUACAUUGAGCACGAGAUGAAAUCGAGGAACUUCGAGAGAGUUGAAAAGCUGUUCCAGAGAUGCCUGAUGAAGGUGCUCAACAUCGACCUCUGGCGCUGCUACCUGACAUACGUGAAGGAGACCAAGGGUGCCCUCCCCACCUUCAGGGAAAAGAUGGCCCAGGCGUACGACUUUGCCCUGGACAAGAUGGGCAUGGACAUCCUCUCGUUUCCUGUCUGGAACGACUACAUCAACUUCCUCAAGAGCGUGGAGGCGGUGGGUUCGUACGCGGAGAACCAGCGCAUCACGGCGGUCCGCAAGGUGUACCAGCGUGGCAUUGUCAACCCCAUGAUGAACAUCGAGCAGCUCUGGAAGGAGUACAUCAACUACGAACAGGGCAUCAACCUGCUGAUUGCGGAGAAGAUGAUCUCGGACCGGAGCCGGGAGUACAUGAACGCUCGCCGGGUGGCAAAGGAGUAUGAGGCCGUAACGCGCGGCCUCAACAAGAACUCGCCCUCGGUGCCGCCUCAGGGCACGCCCGAGGAGGCCAAACAGGUGGAGCUGUGGAAGAAGUACAUCUCCUGGGAGAAGGGGAACCCGCUUCGCACAGAAGACCACGCCCUCAUCACGAAACGAGUGAUGUUUGCGUACGAGCAGUGCCUGCUCUGCCUGGGGCACCACCCGGACGUGUGGUACGAGGCAGCGCUGUUCCUCGAGCAGUCGAGCAAGCUGCUCACGGACAAGGGGGACCUCAACGCGGGGAAGCUGUUCUCGGACGAGGCCGCGGCGGUCUACGAGCGUGCAACCACCACGCUACUCCGCAAGAACACCCUGCUCUACUUCGCCUACGCCGACUUCGAAGAGAGCCGGAUGAAGCACGACAAGGUGCACCAGAUCUACAACAAGUUCAUCGAGAUCCCCGACAUCGACCCCACUUUGGCCUACAUCCAGUACAUGAAGUUUGCACGGCGAGCGGAAGGUAUCAAGGCGGCCCGGAUCGUCUUCAAGAAGGGCAGGGAGGACGCCCGCACCAGCCACCAGGUGUACGUGGCAGCGGCGCUCAUGGAGUACUACUGCAGCAAGGAGAAAACUGUGGCCUUCAAGAUUUUUGAACUGGGUCUGAAGAAGUAUGGCGACAACUCGGACUACAUCUUGGCAUACGUCGACUACCUGUCGCACCUCAACGAGGACAACAACACCAGGGUCCUGUUUGAGCGAGUCCUGACCUCAGGCUCCCUGCCUCCGGAGAAGUCAGUCGAAAUCUGGAACAGGUUCCUGGAGUUUGAGUCCAACAUCGGCGACCUCUCGAGCAUCCUCAAGGUCGAGAAGCGGAGGGCGGCCACCAUCGAGAAGAUGAUUCUCGAUCACCCCGGGAAGCUGAAGGAAUUCGAGGGCAAGGAGACGGCACUACUGGUGGACCGGUACCGGUUCAUGGACCUCUACCCCUGCAGCUCCCAGGAGCUCAAGUCCCUCGGAUAUCGGGAACUGACGAGGCAGCAGGUGACAUCUGCCCCGACCUUGAAGCGGGAAACGACGCAGGAGAAUGCCACCGACCAGAAGGUGUUUGUGUACCCGCGUCCUGACACGGGGCAGAUGAUACCGUUCAAGCCCAAGCAGAUCUGCCCAACGGGAGCGCACCUGGUUGCCGGAGGAGUAUUUCCUCCUCCCCCCGCCGCUUCGGAGCUGAUGAUGCGCCUGCCUCCUCCAAUGUGCUUCAUGGGCCCCUUCGUGGGAGUUGACGAGCUCAUGGACCUCUUCAGGAAUCUCAACCUCCCAGACAAACCGCCCCGGCCCAGUGAAAACGGCGUCUCUAAGGACCACCUGAAGCUGUUCGAACACGGCACGGCGGCGUCGCAGCAGGGCGGGGCCAACCAGGGGGGCGGAGUCAAGCGGAAGCACCGGGCGGACGCCGCCGCACCGGCUCCGGGUGGUGCCCCGGCUGAGGACAGCGAGGGAGAGGAGGGGGGGCUAGUGCCGCCCGCCCACGACCUCUACCGCCUGCGCCAGCAGAAAAAGCUCAUGUUUUAGCGACGGGGACUUACAGAGCACGGUUUCCCCAAGGCUGUGUCUAAGCGAGAAUGGUUUUGCAAGGACCCAUGCCAUUUAUUGCCGGCGUCAGCGACGGAAGCGCAGUGUUUACCUACAUUUCUUUUCCUCUUUUACACAUUUCCCAGUCACGGAUAACGGCGCAGUUCGUUGUUCAUUGCCAACGACGCUCGGAACGCCGCAUUUCAUAACCUUGUGAAUGUUUCAUAGGUCACUCUUUUUUUUUUUUUUUUUUGCUCCCCGUCUUGUAAAUACAUGCACAUGUCUCUAUAGGCUGGGUACCCUUGAGCUGGUUGAUUAAUAAAGAAACAAACUGUGUCAUUCAUCAUUCCACCUUGGAAGGGGAGGGGAACUAUUACCACAUUAAAAGGUUGCUUUCAGAA